AUGAGUGCUAAACCAACCCAGUUCCAACUAUUUCCGCCUCCUCCUCCGGCUGAGGGCCAGAAGUCUAAUAAUCCAUUUCGAAAGGCCGGCAAGAAAGCCGUCGUGAAAGCUGAACCGGGCUCCCCGAUUCCUCUUGAAGACAUUAAAGAUACUGCAAAGACGGAGUCUCUGCUUUUUCAAAUGAUCGAAGACACUCAAAUGAUUCCGCCCCCUCCGCCUGGAAAUGUCGAAAGAUCAAGAUCACCGCCCUCAUUGAAGAAGACCGUCCAGAAUGCAAUGUCUCCACAGUCCAUACACAGUCAGAGCCGUCAAGCUGGGAUACCAACCGAACAAAUCAUGCCCUCACACAAUAGCCAUAGUAGCAGCAGUAGCAGCUAUACAGCGACCUCCACGAUCUCACCACAAUCAUCACAGUCGUCAGCUUCACCUAUCCCUAUGAGAUCAAUGUUCCCGCAGUUUGAUCCGAGCUUGCCUGUCAAUCAGCAGUCAUAUCAACAGCAGACGUCGAGUCAACCACAGCCUACCAAGUCUACUCGCAAGCCACCCAAGCUUACGCUCACCACGAGUAAUCAUAUCGACCACGUUCUUGCACCAAAGACUGUGCCUGCGAGUGUACUUGACUUCCCGACUGGGUCUUGGGAGCCAGAAGAAGUACGAUACUCAUCUAAUGAGGAGCUGAUGAUGCUGUGGGAGACUGCAAAUGGCCAAAGGCCUGACAACUUCGUUGGUACCUUGAAUCUGCGGAUGACAAAAACAGGACCUGCUACGUUCAUGCUUGGCAACUCUCAGCAGCCGUUCUAUACUCUGCAGACAUAUUCCACCGACGAGAUUUCCCUUAGCAGAAGUGACCCAUCAAGACCAAACAACGAUGUCCCCAUCAUGAUGAUGAGCCUGGAAGAUCGUAUUCGCCGCGAACAUCCCAACGAUGGUCUUGUCACUCUCCUUUUCUCACGACUAGCUGCCAUGCUCGCCAUUGAGCAAGCAGAAGAAGUCAGUAGGCAACAUCAUUUGGGGCCAUCUGAGGCAUCUGAGGUUGAAACCGAUGCUUUGAAACGAGCCGCAGCGCAAGAGUCAUGCCGACUCUCCUGGAACCGCCAUCAACGCCUCUACGAAUUGAGACACCCUUGCCUGUCGAGACGCCAGCCAUCAGCUCUGGUCGGUGCAGCUGGUAUUCCACUAUCUCCAGUGCGCUCUCAGUCCCCGGGAAUGGUUCAUAUAACAGUCUCUGCGCCAUCAAGCGAUAGCUCACUGCACCAGCCACCAACAAUCAUAGUAACCGGCCCAGUCUCAUCUACGGCAAUGGAAGCUGCACAGCAAGCCGCAAAUCCCAGAACAUCAACACUCCCAGUAACAGAUCUGGAUGAACCACUCGCCUCCCUAGACUUUGGCACAAGAACACUGCGCAUCUCCCCAGCAGCUGUGCAAGCCACAAUACCCUCCCUCUAUGCAAUCGACUCUCUCGUCGCAGCAAUUCUCGCAGUCGCCGUCUCAGACGAAGCUACGAACCCUAUCUUGGCAGAUAUGGUCCUUGGCUCACCCGAACCACCGCGACCAACUACAUCUCACACGGUCGCAUCGCACUCCAUGCCUGUCUUCCAGGGCAAGUUAGUCACGACACUCGCAGAGCGUGACGACACCGCCGAGAGUAUAUUCCUAGCAUCGCAGAUCAACUCUGCGCAGAAAAAGGCCAAGGAAGCUUCAGAUCAAACUGGGCUAUUCGCAUUCUGGAAGAAGUCUUCUUCGGCGCCGAAAUCGCAGGCUGGUGGCCGUGGCAAGAAGAAGGAUAAGAAUCAACAAAUUGUUGUUGAGGAGUUUGAUCUUGAAAAAUAUGGAAGGUAUGGAGGGGGGACACGCGAGGGCAAGAAAUUACCGGGGAUUACGCGCGGUAUCCUGGGGAUUUUGUUCUUUGGUCUUGAUCUUGUUGUCAAGGGGUUGACGCUUAUUGUCAAGAUUUUGGCUUGGUUGUUAGUUAAUGCGACGCGGUGCGUCACCAGUGAGAAGUUUUGA